AUGAUUCUCUUUAAAAACCUUCCCUUGAUAUUAUCUUUGGUAGUGGUUUACAUGGUCAGCAAAAUAAGCUGCAAUAUUUUCAUAGAAAGUUUAUACAGAAAAGAUGAUAGCCUGCCAUUCAAGUGUUUCGGUGACGCCCCAAGUGAGAGUUAUGAGAAGGUGUCUUUGGCAACGUGCAGUCUUGCUUGUAACAAAUUAAAAGAUUGUUUGGCUUUCCAGUUCUACGAAACAAGAAAAUGUGAUCUGUUUGUAAAGUGGAGUAUUUGGAUUAAGCAAUCUGUUGAAGGAUGCUCAUUGUUCAUCAGAGCAGAGUUAUGUCCUCUUUCAUUUGCUUACAUUCCUUCAUCAAAAACCUGCUAUAAAUUGGAGGUUGGAUCUUGGAAUUGGGAGCAGGCAAGGAGCUGGUGCAAUCGUCUGUCACCACCAAAUACGUUUCCUGCUGUUAUCAACACCCUUAAAAAGAUCAACGCAGUGGAUUUUUUCUUGAAUUCAGUGAUCGAUUCCUAUAACAUCCAAUGUUAUAACGACGAUUACUACGCUCGUAAAAUUUGGUUCGGUGGACAAAGGGAAAACCCAUUUGAUGUUCAAACAUCUUUUUACUUGAAGCCCUUUGUAAAUGUGUCAUUGAGUUUGGGCAAUGAAACGAACUGGCAAUCAUUCCAACCGGACGGCUCAUCUAUGUAUCCAAAAUUGGAAUCUUGUAUUGCCUUCGCUACAAACACCUAUCAAUGGAAUGAUCUCGAAUGCUUCCAUUUGAAAUGUGCCCUUUGUGAAGCUACAUCAGGAGUUAAUUGA